AUGAAGCAGCUAGUAAAACUAGAGAGCACCUUGUUUAACGCCGCCGGGGGAAGACAGUUCACAACAGAUGAGCUGAAAGAGGCCCUAGCAGUGCAUGCAUGUGCGCAGCUUUUACUUUCGCCGGAUCUUUUAUGCAACCUUGAUUCCCUCACAAUUGACGCCAUAUUCAGGACACUACAGGCAAAAUCCGACGAAAUUCGUGAUCUAUUGGACCAAGUCGUAAAAUAUACGAAACUUCUUUAUUCUGUGCCUGCAUCUGUCGCUUCGGAAGAGCGCUCGCUUAGUGCCUUAUGCCGAAUUAAAACGUAUCUACGCAGCCGCAUGAGUCAGGGGAGGCUAACACUCCUCCUUAUUCUCCACAUUCAAAAAGGAAGAACCGCCGAGCUUAACCUGGACGACAUCAUCAAGGAAUUUGUCUCCAGGACUGCUGAGCGAAUGGCGACCUUUGGCCUUCCUUGA